AACUACGCUAGUAGGUAUAGGACACACCCGACGGUCGUAGUUGUGCCUGUGUUACACAAUCGGCCUAAUAUGCGCACGGUUCCCGUAAAUGAAGCCUCCCCCGGAACCCGUCCCAAGGGUUGCAAACCAAACAGAGCUCAACUGGGCGCCCGGCGGGAGCGUAGGCGUUCGCUUGCGUGGCCGCCUUUUUUCGCAAUUAAUGGCGGUGCUGCGACCAAAGAUCGUCGGAACCAGCAUCACGUGUUCUCUACUCCGUACACGCGUACGCUGGUCGGUCGCGUCCGCCGUGCAACUGUGUUUGUGCCCAAGACACGAACAAGGGGAGAGGGACCCCUGUCAAGGAGACGACGCUCCCCCUCUCCUCUACCUCCCUGCGCUGAUGGCUGCCCACGGGUCGCUGCAUCCAGUGCUGCAGCAAGUACGAGUGGUCAGUGUGCCCUCGGCGACCAGGGGCGUUCCGUACGGCGGUGCCGGCGUGGGGCGCACGCCGGGACGCUCAAGCCCCCAUGUUCUGGCUCGCCGCGGCAGCAGGACUCUUCUGCAAUGCAGCACCUACGGAUGCUCCACCACCCCGGGGACCUUCCCUGAUGCCUGGCCCUUUAGCAUACACCGAUGUCUUUGUCGAUGAUGCCAUUCAGUUGGCCCAAGGCACCCCACCACAACUUUCCUUUGUCCGGCAUUGCCUCUUGCAGUCCUUGGAUAAAGUGUUUCGUCCUCUUGACGACUCUGACCCUAUCACCCGUCAAGAACCUGCCUCCGUCAAGAAGAUGCUCAAAGGUGAUGCUUGCUGGGCUACCCUAAAGACUGUUCUUGGUUGGCAAGUUGAUUCUCUUCGUGGAACAAUUGAGCUCCCCCAACAUCGCCUGGAGCGUCUGCACCAGCUUUUUGACAGUUGCCGUGGCCGUACACGCCUCUCUUUAAAGAAAUGGUACCAGCUUCUGGGUGAGCUUCGGAGUAUGACCCUGGCUAUCCCCGGUGGCACUGGCAUGUUCACACAACUCCAACUUGCUCUCCGACAUAGUGACAGCACUCGGGUCAAGCUCACUGCAGCUGUUCAUGAUCAGCUAGCCGAUUUUGAGCGUUUGGCUUGUGACUUAGGCAAUCGGCCCACACGCAUUGCCGAAAUAGUCCCCUCCGCUCCCACCUACGUUGGUGCAUGCGACGCUGCCCGCACCGGCAUGGGGGGCGUCUGGUUUGGCCCUGGACUCCAACCUAUUCUAUGGCGCCACCCAUUCCCUUCCCACAUCCAAGCCCAGUUGGUAUCAUCGGACAAUCUUGCUGGCACCAUCACAAACUCCGACCUUGAGCUUGCCGGUAUACUUUGCCACAAUGAUGUCUUGGUCCAUGCUACGGACUGUAGUGAGCUCACCAUUGCCACACUCUGCGACAACACGCCUGCUGUUGCCUGGACCCAUCGUGCCUCAAUUUCCACCUGUCCCUUGGCGUCUAUCCCCGCUUCGGCCUGCCAUGACUUUUGCCGUGACCUCCGCCUUGCAGAAACAGCGGCCUCCUCCGGAGUCGUUCCUAGUAGGGCGUCCUCUACCCGUUCCGAUUGGGCUGUCUGGACUGCUUUCUGUACCUCCAUUGGUCAAUCCUCGCUGCUCACGGGAGUCACUGACAAGCCCCGGGUCCUCCAAGUCUUCGCACACCGUAUCCGCACCGGGCAGCUGGCCCGUAGCGGCCUCCCAGUCCGCUCUCGAACGGUGGAGGACUACCUCCGUUCCGUUGGCCAGGGCUUCGCCAGCGUGGGGGCCCCGGACCCGCGUAAGCAACCACGGACGCAACUGACCGAUUUCAGAAUUUACCGCCAGCUCCGGAGCUACACCCGCACGGACCCUUCACCUUCACGUGUCAAACCACUCCCUGUCCAACUCCUUCACCACGUUCGUCAGCAAGCAGUGGUCUCUGGCAACGCAACGGACCUUGCCGUCUCCGACCUGGCCUACCUUGCCUUUUUCUGGCUUCUUCGCCCUGGUGAAUACUGCACUUCCUCUGACACCCAACCUUUUCGCCUCUGUGACGUCCAACUCUUUAUUGGCGACACCCGGAUGCCACCUACCACUGCCCCCCUUGAGGACAUCCAGCGCGCCACUUUCGCCACCCUUACCUUCACCACACAGAAAAACGGUGUGCGCGGCGAAGUAAUUGGCCAUGCCCGGUCUGGUCACCCCGACGCAUGUCCUGUACUUGCCACAGUCCGCCGCAUCCUUUAUCUCCGAAACAACGGGGCCCUGCCCACCGCGGCUCUAUGCUCUGUUCGACGGCAGGGACGGUGGACCACUAUCACCUCCCACCUUAUUACCGAAACUAUCCGUCUCUCUGCAACCCUUAUUGGUCCUACCUUGGGGUUUCUCCCGGCCGACGUCUCCGCACGCUCUGCCCGCGCAGGCGGCGCCAUGGCAUUACUCUGCGGCCGCGUCGAUACCAGUAUAAUCCAGCUGGUUGGUCGCUGGCGCUCCGAUGUCAUGCUUCGAUACUUGCAUCUCCAAGCCUUCCCUCUCAUGAAACACUUUGCCCGCACCAUGCUUACUGCAGGCUCGUUCCAACUGGUUCCCGGUCAGAAUGUUCCUCCUUCUGUAGCACCCUUGCUUGCCGAAGUUCCCAACACUCUCCCUUAAUCAAAAAAAAAAA